UUGGAUGUAGAAAGAGAUUACAUGACUCAACAGUACUCUCGCCCUUCAGAACGGCCACCGAAUGGACAUCGACAAGUACUCUCGCCCUUCAGAAGACAUAGAUCCCAAGUAUCAAGCCAAAUCCUUCUCUAGGAAUUUUCAUAAAUCCAUAGAAAAAGAUUUGCAAGAAGCUUGGCCCAUGAUUAAAUCUGCUUUAGACCAGUAUAAUAUUUUAUGCUCAUUGGAUGGCCAGGGGUUACAUGAUAAUCGUAGUGAUCAUGAAUACAGACCCAUAUAUUAUUAUCAGGGCAAGAAAUCUUCUUCACCUUCUCUCAAUUGGAGUUCCUGCAUCUCAGGCAUUAGAAGUUCUGAAUGGAAAGAUAUGCGAUGUCAUCGACGUAGGGUUUAAAAGGAAUGGACUUUGCUCAAAAUUUGGUAUCAAAAAGGAUCAAUAUGUUGAACGACGACAUCUUCUCCGUGGCUCCUUGCAGGCAAUGGCAGAUCUAACAGCCACUCAGAUUUUCUUGCUUGGUGAAGUCGUUGCUGCUAUAGGGGGUUCAUCUCUUGGAUUAAACAUAUUCAGGAAGAUUGUGGAAGACUGUAUAGUCCAUAAAGUGCCUCCUGCAUACCAUAUCAAGAAUUUUAAGAUGAGAAAACAAGUGAUGAAGGAUCUCGAGGCUAUGCGUUUAUAAUCUACAUAGAGAGCUUAUAAUCCACAGCUUAUCAUUAUGAGUAGAAUUCUAGCUUAUCGGUCAUUUCAACAAAAAGAAUAAUCAAAGAUCCAUUGAAGCUGAAGGUGACGUCCAAGUUUACUGGCAUGACCGUUGACGUGCAAGUGAAACCAACCGAAGAUGUAAGGAAGCUAAGGGAGUCGCUGCCGAGCUUUGGAGAUUAUUUGUUCCCUCUCCCAGCAGAAGCGUAUGCCUUCGUCUACAAAGAGCAAUAUAUCAUGGACGAAGGGAAGCCCUUUUUCUGGCAUCAUGUAGUUGGCGAUGAUGAUACCAUAUAUAUUGAUGCCUCUCCUCUGUGAGUGAGCCUACAGCAAACCAACAUGCAGAUGCACUAGCCUUAAUUUAUAGGGGAUACUGUAACGUAGCACGAACAUGCAGAUGCAGAAGCGUAUGUCUCCUCAUCUCCUACCUCCCUCUUUCGCGAUCGAGAAGCCCUUCCAGAUUUCAGAAUCUCUAGUGGGAACAGCCCAUUCGACCGCAAACAACCAUGUAGAACCGACGAGUUUACUUUGCUCUAAUGUUGCUAUCAUAAAAUGUUGUUGCGGACUGAUGCAUUGUGCUUUUUUCUUUGCUUCCCAUCAAGAUCCACAAUCCCCCUUAA